AUGGCUGGUGCUGCCUCACCGUCCCCGCAACGUCACCUCGACACUGCGGACGAGUUCCAGUUAUCGUCACCCACUAUGGAUGCUCAGCGCAGAGGACGCCCCCGUUCCAGGGGACGCUCGGGAGGCCGCUCCGGAUCCAGGCGCCGUGGUGCCUCUAAGGGAUGUUCCGGCUCGCGCUCCAGGUCGACAGAACGUGCCCGGGGAAGUUCCACUUCUCAGCCUCGCUCCAACUCAAAGCCGGGGCAUGUUUCGUCGGGGCUGACCAGGUCCCGCUCCCGCACGCCCACCACCUCUAACAGCAAGAAGCCGACGCUCUCCUGGGCCGACAAAGCACGAGGAAGACGUGAGCCUCCUAGAGGCGACGAAUCGAAUCGCAGUUCUCCCCACGCGGGUGAGCUCGACGAGAUGGGACGAGCUAACGAGCAGCUGAGCAAAGAAAACGCGCAGCUUAAGCAAGAAAUAAGCAGGCUAGCAGCGGAGAUGGCGGAGAUUAGAAAUCUCGCGUCUUCGCCCCCUUCGGCACAGCCCGCCCCAACCCCGGUCGCCAUGGAUACGUCUGAGGCACUUCAUAGGCCUAGCGGAACCAGGCGCUGA